AUGUAUAACAAGAUAGAGGGAAAUUACGAUGACGUCGCCAUCAGCACCUUCAAGAGAGGCUUGCUGACAAAGCACGGUUUAAGGAAGUCCCUCACUGGGAAACCGGUCACCAGCGUGUGCCAGCUCAUGGACCGAAUCGACAAGUACAAGAGGGUCGAAGAGGACCAACAGAAGGGAAAGGGUAAAGUGAAGGUUGUCCCUCAAGAGAGGAGGGACUUUAGGUCGGACCGAUUUAGCAACAAUAACUGGCCGAGAAGGAAUUACUCGGAGCAGUCUGGAUCCACCGGGGCACAGGCAGUCCACGUUGUGUUCCAAGAACCAUUACAUAAGAUCUUAGAGAAAGUCAAGAACGAACCGUUCUUUCAAUGGCCAAAUAGGAUGGCAAGCGACCCAGCGAAACGUAACCAGAGCUUAUACUGCGAAUACCACCAAGAAUCGGGGCACAUUACUGAUGACUACAGAAACCUGAAAAACCACUUGGACCGGUUGGUCUGA